CCUCGCUGCAACCCUCUCCCCAUGUUCCGCCGCUUCUACUCGUUCAUCGGCAAAAAGCCCAUCUGCCUCCCCCAGAACGUCUCCAUCACACAAUCGAACCAUCGUAUCCACAUCCAGGGACCUCAUGGCCGGCUGCAGCUCCCGCUCCCGCCGCAUUUAGCCCUGGAAGUUUCGCCGGUCACUGCACGCGUCCGCCUCGCCAAACCGCUCGACCUUCUCGACCGAAAGGAACACGCAAUGUGGGGGACGACGCGUGCGCUCCUGUCGAACCACAUCCGAGGAGUCUCUGAACGCUGGCAAUGCAUUGUUCGACUCGUUGGCAUUGGCUACCGCGUCUCCUUGGACAACACGAAUCCAGCAGACCCUUGCAUCGUCCUCAAAAUAGGCUUCGCUAACCUUAUCCGAGUGCCGAUCGUCGAUGACGUAGAGGUUACGAACCCGACUCCCACCUCGCUGAUUUUGCGGGGGAUCGACAAGCAACGCGUCACUCAGUUCGCCGCGAAAAUACGCGCCUGGCGAAAACCAGAGCCGUACAAGGGCAAGGGAAUCUUCGUGGAUGAUGAAACCAUUGCUUUACGAAAGUAACGAAAGUAGCGAAAGUAAGUGUUCUCCUACGUGCUGCUUGGUUUGCUGCUUGGACGGAGCC